GGAAGUUGAUUAUUGAAGUCCUUUUGUACUUUGAGUAGGAAUUUUUGGGGGCUCGGAAACGGAGAGAGAAACACUUUUAGGGAGUUUCUUUCCUUCUGUAACAUUUAUUCAAAUCGAUUUAAUAAGUAAUUCAGCGUAUUUGAACCAUGUGGCAAAUGGGUUCUAGCGGAACACAGAGGAAGAGCGUCAGAGUGUUAGCUCAGUAGCUAUUGCCUGGCACGUAGGAGUGAGCCGAAUCGGAAAGAACCUGUCUCUCUCUCUCUCUCGAUCACUUUGAGAGAAACACCCGGCUGAGUGAAGUUAAAGCAGAACAGGGUGCAGUAAUGGGAGCGCACAGGAGUGAGGGGCGCAGAGAGUGGCUUCAACAGCAGGACACCGGAGAGCAGCAGCAGCAGCAGCAGGUUCAGUCCAUGAACCCCUGGAACAUCAUGAUCAAGCACAGACAGGUUCAGCGCAGGGGUCGACGCUCACAGAUGGCCGUAAGUUAUACAGAUCCUGUCAUUUCUAUGGACCUCUUACGCACUGUGCUGCAGCCCAGCUUCAACGAUGACGUUUUGGCUGUCUUUAAAAAAUAUAUGAAGUUUUUUGAGAAGGCCGCAAGCAACGUGAAGGAGAACGUAGGGGAGGAUGUCCAGACGGAUCAGCUCAUCAAAGAGGCGUGUCGAAACUGCUUGGAGCAUGCCAAACAGCUCUUUCCUGAUGCAGAGAAAACUGCUCAAAGACCUCUUUUCGAUCCCUCUGUAAAGCGCUCACGGCAGAUGGAUGAUGAUUCCAGUCAAAGAGGAAGCCCAAUUCCUAAAAAGAGGAAGGGACGUCCCCCUCUGCCCACUCUACCUUAUGACAGAACUAUAACAUACAGUGCUUCGAUGAAGCCUAAAAUAGCUGAGCCCAUAAAACGAGAAGGACCAAAGUGGGACCCCGCCCGGCUGACUGAAAAAAGCACAUUUGUUUUAGGAUCCAGAGCGAACAAGGCUUUGGGAAUGGGCGGCACCAGGGGAAGGAUCUAUAUUAAACAUGCGGACCUCUUCAAGUAUGCUGCUGAUGCUCAGGACAAGCAGUGGCUUGCAGAAAAGCAACACAUGAGAGCCACAGGUGGAAAGAUGGCAUAUCUACUUAUUGAAGAGGACAUCCAAGACCUUGCCUCAAGUGACGACUAUAAAGACUGUCCUGAAUUGAGGAUGGAUGAACUGAAGCCCUUCAUGGUGCCUGUUUGGAUGGUAGAGAAGAUGCAGAAGACAAUGGAAGCUCAGAGAUCUGAGAAGGAUUAAAGAAUUGGGAGAUUGGCACCAUAAACUAAUUUAGGGUACAAAUGCUGAUCCAGGAUCAACUCACUGUCUUGUAUAGUGUAACUUAGUUUAAAGAAUAAUAAAUCUGUUUCUUGAUAAAGGGCUCGAAACUGAUCCCAGACCCACAGUCUUACUCCGAGUUGUAUAAUUCUUCAUGGUGUCGUUUUAAAAUUCAACCUUUCAGAAGCAGACUAAAGGAACAGACCAAGAAGUUCCAUUAUUUUAUUUCUGUGAAUGUUUUUGUUUCUUAUUACUCAAUAGACCUUUAACCUUCCAAUCAAGAUUAGCAAUUUUCUUUGUGUGCACUCACCUGCUGGAAAAGUGUCAACAGUUAGAGAACUCAGUAUUAUUAGAGAUAUGACGGAAUCUAUUUUUUCCACCUUAACAAGGAAAAAAGUAGCUUUAAAUAUCUAAAAAUAUUAUAUGGACACCAGUGUUUUACUGGGAAAUACGCCACUCGUAUUUUUUCAUACGGACUACGUCUGGGACGUGGCGAGCCAAAACCGUGAGAUAUGGAGAUUUGCCACUCGUGAGGAAAUCGAUGAAUUGCUUUGAUAAAUUUGGGUACUUUUUGUUUGUCAAUGUGUCUAUAUAAUAAAAAAAUCACGCAUUGGCUUGAAGAUAUGAAGUGUAUCUUGUAUUGAAAAACUCGUAUUUUUCAUAUGAAAUGCAUCACGGAUCUGAGUGACAUAAAUAAUAUUGGCUGGCGUUGAGCGGUCUGUGAGAUAUAUUCCAUUCAGCUAGUAUGAUACUGAAGGAGUCAAAGACAAGUUCAGAAUCAUGAUCGCUAAAUGGAAUAUGUCCGAUAUACCACGAAAAACGUCUCUUACGGCAUUUUCAAUUCACUGUGACCGUUUGUUGCGGGUGCGCCGGCGAACAAAUAAAACGGUUCCCCGCAUGCGUGGCAGAAAACUUUUUUUUUUUUUUCUCGUUUAAUGUUCGCAUCAUCUCCGACGUGUGACGUCAUGUUGUCUUGACAACCAUGCGAUAUCGUAAACCGUAUUCAAUGCUCAUUCUCCAUCGGGUGGAAUGAAACCCGCUAGAAGGUUAAAAAGUGCAUGUAGGAUAAGCGAUAUGAUCAUAUUGCAUGCUUUCAAACCAUUCGAAUGAAACUUGCUAGAAGGUUAAAAAGUGCUGGAGAAAGUGUCCUGUGUGUAUAAUAAUUCCUGAUAUUUCACUCCAGUGUCGUCACUCCCAGUGUUUUCCCGCUGACCUGGUACACGUUUGUCAAAAUGGCAAACCGGUUCAGAAUUAAAAUUCUUUUGAUUAACUUGUGUAUUUUUUUAUUUUUUUUGUGGAUGUCCAUAUAAUAUAAAGAGCAUUACACGGUGGUGUGAAGGUAUGUUAUCUUAUCGUGUUGAAAAAUAGUUCACUUUGCUCACUUGUGCUAUAGGUGGUGUAGUGGUUAGCACGGUCGCGUCACAGCAAGAAGGUUCCGGGUUCGAACCCAGCGGCCAGCGAGGGCCUUUCUGUGUGGAGUUUGCAUGUUCUCCCCGUGUCUGCGUGGGUUUCCCCCACAGACAUGCAGUUAGGUUAACGUGGGGUGGCCUUGGGUUGAAGUGCCCUUGAGCAAAGUAUCUAACCCCUGGGCGCUCUGGGUGUGUGUUCACUGCUUCAGAUGGGUUAAAUGUAGAGGAUGAAUUUCACUGUGCUUGAAGUGUGACAAAUAAAAGGUUUCUUCUACAUUCACCGCUUGAAGAUCUUUGCGCCACCGUGUAAUAUUCUCUCUAUGUGUAUAGAUAUAUUUUCUUACAUGGGUCGUGUGUGAAAUGUCUGCAUAUGUGUAUCAGUGAGUACUUUUUCUUUCUUUACCUUUUGAGUUAUCUGGAAAUACUUCGUAAAAGGUUUUACAGAAUACCAGAGAAUAUAUGACUUUUUUUUUUUAAUUUUGUAUUUGUCAUGUCACAGAAAAAGGGAAUUUAUUUUGCAUUAUGUUUUUGGUUUCAUUAAAAUCUUUAAAAGGCUGUGAAAACUUUUCUUUUGAAGAUGUAGCUGUACAGAAAUAAAGUGUCGCAUUGUGGAGAAA